GCGCGCCUUUGGGAGGGACAGAUUGGAGUUGGGAGCAGCUGUGGGCGCGGGGCCUCCAAGAUGAGGCCGGCACUUGCCCUGUGCCUCCUCUGCCAAGCGUUCUGGCCCCAUCCCGGCCGCGGCGAACACCCCACCGCCGACCGUGCGGGCUGCUCGGCUUCGGGGGCCUGCUACAGCUUGCACCACUCUACCAUCAAGCGGAAGGCGGCCGACGAGGCUUGCAACCUGCGCGGCGGGGCGCUCAGCACCGUGCGCGGGGGCGAGGAGCUCAGCACGGUUCUCGCGCUCCUGAGGGCCGGCCCAGGCCCGGGAGGGGGCUCCAAAGACCUUCUAUUCUGGGUGGCUCUGGAGCGCAGACGUUCUUACUGCACCCUGGAGAACGAGCCCUUGCGGGGCUUCUCCUGGUUGUCCCCCGACGCCGACGAGGGGUCGGAAAGCAACACGCUGCAGUGGGUGGAGGAGCCCCAGCUGUCCUGCACCCUGCGGGGGUGCGCGGGACUCCAGGCCACCGGGGGAGUCGAGCCCGCAGGCUGGAAGGAGAUGCGAUGCCACCUGCGCGCCAACGGCUACCUGUGCAAGUACCAGUUUGAGGGCUUGUGCCCCGCGCCUCGCCCCGGGGCCGCCUCUAACUUGAGCUACCGCGCGCCCUUCCAGCUGCACAGCGCGGCGCUGGACUUCAGCCCCCCGGGGACCAAGGUGAGUGCCGUCUGCCCGGGACAGAUCUCCAUCACAGCCACUUGCAUCGCGGACGAGGUCGGCGCGCACUGGGACCGGAUUCCCUCCGGGGCGGUGCUCUGUCCCUGUCCCGGGAGGUACCUCCGUGCUGGCAAAUGCGCAGAGCUCGCAGACUGCCUAGACGACUUGGGGGGCUUUGCCUGCGAGUGUGCUGCGGGCUUUGUGCUAGGGAAAGACAGACGUUCCUGUGUAACCAAUGGGGAAGGACAGCCAACCUCUAAGGAUGCCGAGGUGCCCUCCAGGCCCCCGCCCGCCGCUGCAGCCAGCCCCAUGCCGGAGAGAACGUGGCCACCCAGGGUCCAUGAGAAGCUAGGAGAGAUCCCCCAUGUCCUUGGACAAGACAGUUCAGCAACAUCUAUCCCCGAGAUUCCUCUGUGGGGCACACAGAGCACGGUGUCUACCCUUCAAAAGUUCACUCAAGUCGAGUCAAAGGCCACUGUCACCUCUUCAGUGACUCCCCAAUUUAAUUCCACAUCCUCCUCUGCCAUUCCCCAGGCUUUUGACACCUCCUCCACCGUGGUCUUCAUCCUUGUGAGCAUAGCAGUAGUAGUAUUGGUGAUCUUGACCAUGACGGUGCUGGGGCUUUUCAAACUCUGCUUCCACAAGAACCCUUCCUCCAGGCAGAGGAAGGGGCCUCUGGCCCAACCUGGCAUGGAAAGUGGGGCCGAGGCCACUGCUCUGCAUUCCAGUUCUGCACACAGCGCAGACAACGGGGUGAAGGCCGGGAACUUUGGUUUGGGGAACAGAGCAGACCCCUCACUGGCAGAGUCCUCUCCCAGCUCCAUGGACACGUAGAGAAACAGGGGACAGUGAAUAUUUCUUGUGAGUGGAAUUUUUCACUUUCAGUGAAAAGGGAAAAGGAAGAGAGGAAAUUACUUGUGAAAAAUGAGAUUCCAACAGAAACUCCUCUUCCCGUAAUCCACCUAGAAGCUAAAUUUGAACUGGACACGCCUUUCCCGAAGAUGGAGAGGUGGAUGUGCCUUAGGGUGGCCCUGAGGGCUGAUACUUUACCGAGGGGAAUAUUUUCCUGUGCUUGUUUUGGGGGAUUUGGAAAAGUGAUUGAACUUUUCAAGACGUUAGAAGCAAAUAGAAAAAAGAAUGCAAUUAUUUUAUUUUAUUUUUUACCAGAAUGCAAAGGAAACCUUCAGUGUACAUUGUUCAGGCUGAGAGUAUAUUGGUUUGAAAUUUCUAGGCAACAAAUAAAGGAUUGUUGAUAACCCAGACUCAAAUAUCAUUGGUUUUCUGCAGGAGUAAUUAUUUAGGAGGGCAGCUGAAGGGUAUGCUGGGAAUACCCACAAGAGUGUCCCCUGCUUUUAGAUUGAGGAGAUCUUUAAAUCCUUGUAAUGAGGAGCAGAUCUUUAACAACUAAUAACGUUUCCCUUGGUUUUUUUUUAAUGCGUUGCUUUCAAAGUCAUUGCCGCUUGUGUACUUUGCUUAUAAAUCCAAAGUGUAAUGUUGCCAGAGUUGUUGGCUCUAGAAGCAAAUUAUAGUUGACCACCAAGUCAAAUGUUUACUGUGUGUCCUUGCUCAGGGAAACAAAUAAUUUGUGUUUACUCUUCCAACAUUUGGCGUCUCCAGUGGAAUGACCUCCCCAACCAAACACCCCUUUCCUACACAUAAGGAUGCUGAUCCUCACUUCCAUUAACAGUAGUGUUAAUUUUCAAUUAAAACGUUAAUACUAAGUAUUGAUUUGAAAUCUUCUGGGUAUAUUAAGUCAAAAGUAAGCUGGAUGUUCUCCAAAAUUGCUAUAUUCUUACACGCUGUUUAAUCCAUGGAAAAGGUUUAAUUCCAAACCAUUUCCUUCCCCCUACCCCCUUGAGUAGAGUGUAUGCAGUGACUAUACAUGGCCAUCUUAAAAUGAUUGCAAUUUAACGAGAGUCUACAUGGGCAAAGGCAGGGCGAACAGUUUUCCACAAGAAUUAAUAGUAUAAGAAAUAAGUGGUGAAUACAAAUAUCUUGUUAUGACUGGAGGUAAUAGGCAGUCAUCUAAAUGAAGCAUUCCUCUGGAAAACAAUUAAGACAUGAAUCAUUAUGUCGUGAAAUCAAGAUCCCUAGAAAAUAUCCCUCUUUUCUUAGUAUGCUAAUGCUUUAAAACUAAGUGUGUGGGUAUUGAUACAUAGAAAAAGAGAAAAGAUUUUACUUCUCAAGAAGAAUGAAGAUUUUAACAUAUUUCCACAGAAACAUUGUGAUGUCCUUGAGUGUACAAUGUAUACUAGAUGCACAGUAUCUUAUAUGUGGUAUCUUAUAUGUACAUAUAUGUGGUACUGUAACAUUAAAGGAAUAAAGUAAUAGGUAAUUUACUUCAUAUAUGAAAUGCAGUUACAUUUAAAUGAAAUAAUAAAUUAAUGAGAAUUUAUGACCUUUGAAGGAAUUUUAAAUAAUUUCACAAGUGAAACAGAAAUUCAGGUAAGUAAAUGACUUACCCUGUACCCAACUUGUCAGUUCGUCUUAGUUCUCUGCACUUGUAUUUUAUCUUCCCUCUUUAUUACGUAACUGCUCAGUAAAGAAGGUAACUAUUUGAAUAGAAUACAUGGCACAUACUUUUGUGACAUAAAAAAUAGCCUCAUCUAUAACUGAAAAGUGAAUUAUGGAUGUAUUCAUAUACUUAUAUCACUGUGUGUAUGUCUACACACACAUUUUGUUUUAAAGUAGGGCCUCUUGUAUUAUUGUUCCAAUGUAAUAGAGUAUGCAGCAUUAACUUAUUAUGCAAUAUAACAUUGAUGGCAAUACAGAUCCUGGGGUUCAAAUACCCAAUGUGUUGAAUAAAUAGGUGUCAGUUCAAUUCCUCUACUAUU